AAUUUUUGCAGAGUAGAAUAACGUUCAUCUUACAGGAAAAGCAGAUACCUAUUUUAUUUAUUCAUUUAUCGACAAAUAUUCUAAAUAAAGAAAUUACUAUCUAGAGGAUCUCGCGAGCAUUUACAAUCCUAAAAAUGCAAGAUUAAAACCAAGUUAAAUAAAUAAUAAAUUGAUUUGAAACUCACAUGACAGAGUAGCACCUAGGAGAUGAGAAGUGUGAUUAGGCUGUAGGUCAGCGUUUCUCAACCUUGGCAACUUUAAGAUGUGUGGCCUUCAGCUCCCAGAAUUCCCCAGCAUUUGCUGGCUGGGGAAUUCUGCGAGUUGAAGUUCCCACAUCUUAAAGUUGCCAAGGUUGAGAAACGCUGCCGUAGAUACUAGCAAUUGCAUCUGUCCAUGUCAUGCCAGAUGGAACAUUACACAAGCUCCAUACAUAGAGUAUAUGCUUUUACGUAUGCUUACAUAAGUGCAUGCUUUCUAGUGCUUUUCCAGAAGCAAUUUCUCUCUCUCUCACUCAGAAAAACAGUAGACCUACUUUUCUUUUAUGAAAAAAGACUGGCACUCCAGACAGUUUAAAGUGAGAAAGAGAGUGUUUGCUGCUAAGCCUUUACCUUUCUCUACCCCAACUGGAAUCAAUCCACCACAGCAAGUUAAAAGCUUUAAGAGUAGCAGACUGAAAAAAGGAGCCGGUCAUGGUAGCACAAAACUUGAGGACCGCUGUACUAAGACCACAGCUCUUCUGUUGCAGUCUGUGGAUAUUUGCAAGCCAUCAUCAACUCAUAUGAAAAUGAAGGUGGAAAGCCCACAACAAAUGGAGCAAAUGUUUCCCAAGUUCCUGCUUUCUGAUGUGCAGAAAAAGCAUUGGGAGCCAUUGAAAUCUCAGCAGGUGGUAUGUUCUUCAGCUGCUCUUCACCAGAAGGAAUCACAUAAAAGAAGGAAACAUGAAAUGCAUCUUCAUUGUUUGCAUCAUUUGUAUUACUUUUCCCUUAUUAACACGGCACUAUCCAAGAGGCUCCUAACGCAAAACGGCCAGUUUUCAGAUGUCAGGAAAGAGCAAAGUGUCCAUGAUCUGAUGGAGUAUUUGUUUCCAAAUUCUCAUGGACAUUCUGGAGUGAAAUGCAAUAAAAGGACAAUAGAAGAAAACAUAAUUCCAUGUUCAAUUCAUGCAAAGCAGCAAGAAAUACAUCAGAAAGACUCUCCCAAAAUGCUCAGAAUUCCAGAAGAAAAGAAAAUGUUGUUGAAGCAAGAGAGACAUGUUGAUGUGUUUGAAGAUCAGAAAUCAUCUGCUGUUGGCCAGCAGGACAUUAUUGCUAUGCCUUUAACUCUGGAAGAUGUUGCCCUUUACCAUCAUGUAGUGGAAGCCAAGCAAGUAGGCAAAUACUGGAUAAACUAUGCUGACAAAAAUUCCUUCAGCCAUGAAAAAUACUAACCACAGAUAAUGGUCCUGUGAAAACAUUUUAUGGAUUACUUUGAUCAACAUUACUCGUAAGUGUAUGUGUACUGUAUCUUUCUCAUGCCACCCUUUUCAUUAUAAUCUAUUUUCUCUAAAUAUGACUUUUUGAUGCAUAUGCAUUCUUACUAAUUGUGAAGAGUGUCACAUUUUAAAUUGUUUUGUUGCUGAAGUCUCCAAGAGCAUCAAUAUGGCUCUUUAUAUUUUCCAGUAAACAUAUUUCAAAUAAAUUCCAUUUUGUGCAAGCUGA